AUGGUUUCACCCAAACAUCACCGGUCGCCAGGCCGAGAAACUUCUGAUGGACAAGGGUCAAGACUGGAGCUUCCUUGUACGACCUAGCAGCACCAAGGAUGCAUAUACCAUUUCAGUCAGACACAAUGACGAAGUCACACACAUAAAAAUUCAGAACACUGGAGAUUCGUACGACCUGUGUGGUGAAGAAACGUUUGCCACUCUUUCGGAGCUAGUCCAGUACUAUAUGGAGAAUCAGGAUCAACUGAAGGAGAAGAACGGCGCACCCAUCAAACUGAAGUAUCCUUUAGCUUCUGACGAUCCAACACCAGAAAGAUGGUUCCACAGUUGUCUGACAGGGCGGGAAGCAGACCGACUGUUGCUGGACAAGGGAAAGAACUGCAGUUUCCUGGUUCGACAGAGCAGGAGCAAGCCGGGCGACUUCGUCAUCUCUGUCCGAUCUGCUGAAGACAGGAUUUCUCAUGUCAAGAUUCGAAGCCAGAAUGGCAAGUAUGAUGUUGGUGGUGGUGAAGUGUUUGACUCUCUUUCUCAACUGGUGGAGCAUUACAAGAAAAGUCCAAUGGUGGAUACAAGUGGGACAGUUGUCUACAUAAAACAUCAGUUACAACAGGCAGAAUUUAUUGGUGAACGAUUCUCCAGAGAACAAGGAAACACACCAGAAAACAAGGCAAAGAACAGAUACAAGAAUAUCCUUCCAUACGAUUACACAAGAGUUGUCUUGGCUGAUGGCGAUGAAACGCUUGGCACAGACUACAUCAAUGCUAAUCACAUCACAUGGACUGGGGAAGAUCACCUGAUCAAACAAAACAGAAGGUACAUUGCCACGCAAGGGCCAUUGGUCAGCACGAUGCUGGACUUCUAUCGCAUGAUCUGGCAGGAGGGAUCCAGGGUCAUCAUCAAUCUUGCAAGGAUAACUGAGAGAGGGAAGGUUCAGAUAAAUAUAUACUGGCCCUCAUUGGAGGACAGCUCAGAGAAAGUGUUUGUGUUUGAGCGUGCUAGCAAAGAUGGUAGCCGGGAGUUUGUAUGCCAGUAUAGAGUGAGACUGAUCAAUGAAGCUGGAGAUGAUGUGCUCGUUCUGAGAGAAAUGCUGCUGAGCAAGGAGGAUGAAAAAGGAAAGCCAUUGGAAGAGCCGCGCAAGCUGUUCCAGUUCCACUACAUGGUGUGGCCUGAUUACAAUGUGCCGGAGGACCCUGGAACCAUGAUUGACUUUCUGGAGAGGACCAACAACCUGCUAGAUUCUCUUCCUAGUCCUGGACCAGUUAUAGUGCACUGCAGUGCAGGUAUUGGUCGGACAGGCACUCUGAUUGUCAUUGAUAUGAUCAUCAGCCAAAUCAAAACGUAUGGUUUUGACUGUGACAUUGACAUCUUCAACACUAUUCUGAUGGUGCGAGGUCAGAGGUCAGGGCUGGUACAGACACAGUGCCAAUAUCAGUUUGUAUAUCUGGCAGUUGAGAGAUAUUUGGAAGUGACAAGACAGAGGCACUUUGCUGUACAGGCUGCUGAAGGAGAUGAGUAUACCAACAUCAAGAGUCUCACAGAAGCCAAAAAA